AUGUUUAAAUUCGUAGCUUUGUGUUGCUUCCUCGCCGCGGCUUCGGCGACGCCAGGCCUCAUUGCGCCUGUGACAUAUUCGUCGAACGUGCUAGCACCAGCGCCAGCUGUUUAUUCGAGCUACCCUAGCAAUGGGCUGUGGUCUAGUCCACUAAUCUCUUCAGCACCGUUAGUUUACUCCGGUUUUCCUCAUUACAUCAAGAAACGAUCUGUGGGUUUUGGCAGCUACUUUGCACCUUCCUCAUACAUCGCAUCUGGCCCCUACGCAUACAACGCGUACACCGCUACCGCCCCUCUGGUGAGCACAUACUCAGCGGCUGCUCCUUUGGCCACUUAUUCAUCUCCUGUCUACACAACAGCCGCUCAUCUGAUCAAGAAGAGGAGUGCUCCAUUUUACCUGCCUUCUAGCUACGUGGCCUCUGCUCCUUACACUGCCGCCGCGCCUUUUGUUGCCUCAUCUUAUGCGGCUGCAUCUCCUAUUGCUCCAGUCUGGUCCAGCUCUCUAUACCCCGCUGCUUCAUAUGCACACUUCAUCAAGAAGAGGUCUGUCGCUCUCCCCCUGAGCUACACCGCGCCAUCUUCCUUCUCUCACACUUCAAGAUUUGACUACCACGCUGCCUCUCCUGCUGUCACCACAUACGCGUCUUACCCCGGUGUUGCUCCCCUGGCCUACUCAAGCCCAGUCGCUAUUCAACACUUGAUU